GUUUGUGUUCUAAAGGAAAAUAAACAUCGAUCUAAUUCUCACCCGUGUCUUAACGCUGAGUAAUAAUUAGUACUCAUUUAUAUACACGCGUGUAUGUAAUUUCUUAGUUAUAAAUAUGCAGCUUUCCGUACAGUAUCAUAACGAGCCUAUUACGCUAAGCGGUACAACCUUCUCGAGCGCAGCGCCUCUUCCUCAGCAUUGUCUUUUCCUCGCAAAAGGGACUACACAGCUUUCAAUAUCGCCGAUUGAAUGGAAAGACAACGGAUCAACCUCCUCUUCACCUUCUGUGAAGCCAACUAAAAGGGUAGAGAAGAAUAUAACGUUGACCGCAGGGACUUACAAAUCGAAUGAAGAGUUGGAUGAGGAGGCUCUGGAGUUUUUUUCUGAGUAACCCAGAUUGUCUCUGUUAGGGGUAUUGCUGGGAAGAAAGACUAGCCGUUUUUCACCUGAAAAGUGCACAGUGGUUUUGCCAAGGAUGAAGCUAAUAUUCUUUUGAAAUGCAUUAUUAACACACGCAUACACAAAAAAAA